CUCACAAGACUCUUCUCUCCAAAAUGCAUUUUCUUGUAUCAAAACCCAUCCAUUUACUUCUCUUUUCAUCCCUACUACUCCUUUCUCAAGAUCCCAUCUCAGCCGAAGAUCCGACCUUCGUAUUCUGUUCACCGGAAACUUCAAAUUACACUUCGGGGAGCCAAUUUGAAACCAAUCUCAACCGUCUACUCCCUUUAUUAUCCCCAAAUGGGCCCACCAAUCUCACCAGCUACUACAACGCUACCUACGGAGACGACCCCAACAUCGUCUAUGGCUACUCUCAGUGCAUGUCUGGCGCAACUGAACUAGAAUGCAAUGAAUGCAUCAAGAAUUCAACAGUUGAGAUCAUCCAACGGUGUUCCAACAGAAUGGAAGCUGUCAUCCGAUACUACAAGUGCAUCUUACGUUACUCCAACCGUCCAUUCUUCUCUGUAGUCGACACUACCAUUAGGAUAGAGCUUAUCUUACUUCAGGAUGCUGAAAACGCAACCAUUUAUAAUAAUAAAUUAGGAAUUAUGAUGAGACGUCUGGCAUCUGAGGCUGGUUCAAAGCUUUCCAAAUUCACAACUGGAACCACAGAUCUGAAUGAUUUCCAAAAAAUAUAUGGUCUGGCCCAGUGCACUAGAGACUUAUCAGCUGGUGAUUGCACGGCAUGUUUGGAAGGGAUGAUCAGCAGGAUUCCGAUAUGUUGUGAGAAUAAAAAAGGAGGGAAUGUCUAUAGUGUGAGUUGUAACAUUAGGUAUGAUCCAUAUCUUUUCUUUGAUAAUUCUCCACCGCCGCCUCUUCCACUGCCGACGUCUCCGCCACCGCCAAUUGCAGUUCCUCCACCUCCUUCGCAGCCUUCGGGCGAAACGGAUGGAGGUAAGAAGAAUGGAUCGAAAACAGUUAUUAUUGUCGUUGUCGCUGUCAUAAUUUCAUUAGUUAUAAUCGGCACCAUUUGCACUUGUUUAUGGAUGAAGAGCAAGGCAAUGAGACGAAAACCAGUUUUCCAAGUUCAAGAUCGGGCGGAGAUCUCAAUUACUGAAGCAGAGUCGCUAUUAUUUGAUUUGGAUACACUCAAGGCCGCAACGGAUAAUUUUUCAGAUGCAAAUAAACUUGGACAAGGUGGUUUUGGUGCCGUUUACAAGGGAAAGCUAUACGAUGGAAGGGAAAUAGCAGUGAAAAGGCUUUCAAGAACAUCAGUGCAAGGAAUAGAGGAACUGAAAAAUGAGGUUGCACUGGUUGCAAAACUCCAGCACAGGAACCUGGUGAGGUUGUGGGGUUGUUGUAUGGAACAGCAAGAGAAGCUGCUCGUGUAUGAAUAUGUGCCUAACACAAGCCUUGAUACCUUCCUAUUUCAUCCAAUCAAGCGAGUGCAACUAGACUGGAUCACACGAUACCAGAUAAUCAGAGGGACUGCUCGAGGCCUUCUUUAUCUUCACGAAGAUUCCCGACUGAGGAUAAUUCACCGGGAUUUGAAAGCGGCCAAUAUCUUGUUGGAUGGAAGCAUGAAUCCUAAAAUCGCAGACUUUGGUAUGGCAAAGCUUUUCGGUGUAGACCAAACCCAAGGCAAUACAAGCCGUAUCGCUGGAACAUACGGAUACAUGGCACCGGAAUAUGCAAUGCACGGCCAGUUUUCAACUAAAUCAGACGUCUUUAGCUUCGGUGUCUUAGUUCUAGAGAUUGUAACUGGUCGAAAGAACGUCCCUUUCUGUGAUGCUGGACAGAUGACGGACCUUCUAAGCUAUGCAUGGCAACAUUGGAUGGACGGAGCAGCACUCGAUAUAACAGACCAAACAGUUGCAGAACAAUGCUCGAGAAGUGAGGUCUUUAGAUGCAUUCAUAUGGGAUUACUAUGCUUGCAAGAAGAUGCGACCGAAAGGCCCACCAUGUCAUCGGUUGUUCUGAUGCUCAAUAGCCAGUCUAUGACACUGCCAGCUCCAUCACCACCGGCAUUUUUAGUUGGGAGUAGGGUGAAUUCAGGUUCGGUUUCAAGAGCUUCUAAUUCGACUACAAGCGGGUCAGAUAAAUAUAAUCGUUAUUGACACCAUGUUCUACGAAUGCGGUUACAGCUAUUAGACUGUCUUUGAUAGGGAUAAUAGACCCAUGCUCUAACUGAAAGUCUGACCUUUUGGUAAAGUGAAAUGACUGAUUAAGUUUCAUGUAUCUGAUCCCAGAUGAUUAGGAAUAAUAGAGUACUGCUGAUAUACGAGAGUAUGUUUGUACACUAGACAAGGAUUUGUUAUUAUUUUAUUAUUAUUAUUAUUUU